AUGGCGUCGUAUCGCAGCGAGAAGAUGUACCUCGGAGACGAGAAGAUUGUGAUCGCUUUGGAUAUUGGCACAACCAUGAGUGCCGCGUCCUACUCGCAUCUGUUUCAGAGGUCCUAUCCUUCGGUAGAAAUGGUAACGCAAUGGCCAGGCCAACCGACCGCUAGUGGUUCUGCCAAGAUACCGACAUUAGUCCUCUACGACGGAUCCCUAUGCGUUGCUUGUGGCGAAGAGGCUUUAAAAUACGAACAAGAGGGCCAUGAAGAAAUGGCCAAGUGGUUCAAGCUUCAUAUGCAUCCAGAGGCUCUCAAAAAUCAAUCCCUUGACAUCCCACCGCUUCCUACUGGCAUUCCUGUUAAACGAAUCUACAAGGACAUGAUGGAAUACAUGUUCAAAAACACUCAGAAGCACUUUGAGACCAAGGAUCCCGAACGGGCCAACAUGGAGUUUGUCUUCGCCAUCCCAAAUGGCUGGGACUAUGUUCAACAACAGACGAUGCGACAAGCUGCCAUCGACGCUGGCUUCUUCCCGUCUCACAGAGCCGACUCUUUGCUCCAUUUCGUCACUGAAGGAGAGGCUUCGGUUCACUUUGUUUCCGUGUACGGCUCCAUGCGCCACUGGUUGAGCGCUGGCUCGACCUGGUUAGGUGGAUCAACAACGGAUAGUACGCUCUAUACUUGCACCAAGACGCUGCCAGAUGUGGUAUUGAGAGAGGCAGGCAUGAGUGAAUGUGUCCAGGCUGCCGGUGUCAACGUCGACGAUGUUCUUGGUCAAAUUCUCCAAGCCAAGCUCGCGAUCUCCAGGUUUGGAGAUGAAGAGAGUAUAAAGGCUAUGAUCGAGGCGUUUGAACUCAAGACAAAGCGUAUGUUUGAUGGGACCACCCCGACAAACGUGAUCAAGUUCGGUGGAAACCGCGAUAUGGACAAGAGUGUCGGUAUCAUCAAAGGUCAAAUCAGUUUGAAGAAGGAAGAGGUCCUUGCCGCCUUUACUCCAGUGCUCGAGGAUAUUAUUGGCAGUAUCCGUCGCCUGAUGAGUGGUAAAAGCCCAAAGUACUUGCUUUUGGUCGGCGGUUUUGGUGGGUCGCCCUAUCUUAAAUCCCAGUUGAAAGACCUCUUCGGUGGUCAAGGUAUUGAGAUUGUCACCGUAGAGCAAUCAAUGAAAAAGGCUGCGGCCGAAGGGGCUAUGAUAUGGUAUCUCAAGAACAUGGUGCGAGCACGAGUCGCGCGUGAAACGUAUGGAACCAGCGUGAACGCCCUCUAUGACGCCUUGCUUCAUGGCGAACGCAGUCACAAGGUUGAAAUGGACGCCGACGGCUUUCAGAGGAUUCAAAAUGUGUUCGACACCUGGGUGAAAAAGGGAACCACAGUCGACUAUGGGUUUUCAUAUACUGCGAAAUAUUAUUAUUCCUGGCCCAAGGUCGGAUACUCCAAGCCGAAAUUGGCCGUCGAAGAGUUAGAGGUUUAUAUGUGGGAUCGCGACAUAGUUCCAAUAUGGGUGAAAGAUGAAAAGGGAUCGUUGACUCCCGGCUUGCGACACGUCUGUACCGUCAAAGCCGAUCUCUCUCCCCUUAACAAACACGGUAUCCGAGCAGAGAAGGGGCGGAAUGAACUAUACUGGAAGGCCGAUUUCCAAGUCGCGGUGACUUUGCCAAUUGGGGGUGCACAGCUCCAGGCCAGACUUCAGUGGCACGAAAGGGGCGUCCUCAAACAAGGGCCAGCAACUACGAUUGUCAAUCUCGCUUAA